GGCCAAACUUAUCACGUGAUAGCACAAGUGGUCUGCGUAGUCGCACCUUCUUAUGGGGGCCUCGGCGACCGUACUGCAUCAUGAUUAGCACUGCUAAACUACGGUGCGCAGCAGCGACAACAGGUGCCUUCGCCCGUCACAUACUCCCCCAAUCAUCACCUCCCCCAAGGCAAAGGGGCUUGUACCCAGAGCCGCACCUCCAGCUUGGAGGAGGCGUCUCCAAGCAAAUUCCUCAUCAUGGUUUACGACUGGGAAGGUAAACGGGAGAUCUGCUUCCAGAUGUAUAUCAAGGAAAAGAAGGCUUUAGAGGAGAUCAUGGAAUUCAUGAGGAAUACCUACCAGUUCGCACCAAGGUGAGUGGGCAAUCUCAACAACCGUCAACCUUACUAUCCUACUCUGUCCGGCGCUUUGGCUUGGAGUUCGUUAACAAAGUCGUGUGGAUGGCUUUUUCCAGCAAGCGUGCAUUCCAAACGCAGUUCAAACGAUGGGGGUUCCCCUCAAAACAAAACCCAGCCCAUAAGAACACAAACCUCGUUGCACGUGUCAAACAACUAUGGGAGAAGAAUACCAGCCAACGAGAUAUGCUUCGCAUACUGAAUGAAGAAGGCUAUGAGAUCAAGGAAAGAGAGCUGAUGCGGGUACGCGCCAAGAACCGCUGGCUUUUACGUGUGCCCAAUGGAAUGAAGUCGCAGAACAGCCUGGUUCAGGUGCCGGAAGAUGAAGGCCUACUUGCUCUACAUGAAGAAGUUUACAAGACAUCAAGCCCAUUCGAUGAUGGCGAUACUGUUCCCGAUGAUGUUCCGAACUCUCACCCUCCUUCCCCGGGUGCGUCCUCCGAGAUUCUAUUGAAGCGCAAAGAACGACUUGAUCGAUUGAAGGCAGAAAGUGCUGAACGAUGGGCAGCCAAAAAGCGCCGGCGCCGUACCCGUGGCUGGGCCGGGCUGCCUGCCGACCCUCCAGGUCCUCCUCGUUUCCCUUCCGAAACCACUAUUGACGAGAGUAAGAAAUAUCUAGGGUUAGACAGUGCCAUGUACCGCCAAAUUAGAGAUCAGUUUCAAAAGAUAUGUGAAGAGGCGGGUUUCAUAAAGAAAACAGUUGCCGGACCUGAAAGAUGGCAAGUGGCAAAGAAUAAGUUGAUACAGGAAUCCGAGCAUCUUCAAGUGGUUUUCUGGCAGGACCCGAGUCAACUGGACGCGAAACACCUUGCGCUAGACGUCGUCUGUACGGAUGUCACCAAGAGAAUGAGAACAUUGGAGCGGCGAAUGACGAUCGCGGAGGCCAAAAACGCGCUAGGAAUAAAUCCCGAAGAGAGCCGUCAGAUACGAAAUGCAUUCUACAACACCCUCAAAGCGGAUCAUUUUACAAGCAAACUGGAGGCUGGCGAUGAGCACUGGAAAGAGCUGAAAGAACAGUGGGUCCAAAGCUCUGAACUACUACAACGAAUUCUCGCCCCCGGCCCAGCGGACUCGGAACAUACCACGAGAUUGAAGGCUCUCGAGGUCCUUUGCCGAGAUGUCAUGAAGCGACUUCGCGAUGAUCAGACUAAAAGAGACUCAUCCCGUAAACAGUCUGCGCUUCAUCAGCCCCAGACUCACCAGAAUGCCGACGACGGGAGUGCGUUUGGUAAUGCCAUCGCUAAUGGAAUAAGCACACUUGCUUCCCAAGCCCUGGCCAGCGCUCCAGUUGCUUCAAAUGACCUAGGUGAUAUGCAAAUAGACCCCUCACUCCUUCAAGCUGCGAAUGAUCCCACCUUUGCUGCAACGGGCCAGCAUGAUUCUGAACACUCUUUUGGUUACGUGGAUCCUAUGCUGGAGCAGCCCACAAUUUUGCACAUUCCGGUUUACCUCCGUAUUGGUCCCCAGAGUCAACUAUACGGAAACUCUAAGACCUGGGUCGAAAAAUUGGCGACAAGGUCUGUUGCUGAAAUACGACAAUUGGUCGGUGCCAAGUAUCCAGAUGCCAUCAUCACUAGGAUUGAAGGUCUCGAUAAGGACGAGGACGGGAAUGGCAUCCCAUUUGUGAUUGACGAGGACCACGAACUUGAUGCAUACUUGACUCACGUUCAGGGCAAAAAGGCAUCAUUCAACCUUGCUCUAGAUCGUGUCUGAUCCCUUCGUCACCACCGCCGCCACCAGCAAGUCUUACGGGUUUUAAGCUCGGGGGCGCUAAGUACAGAUCUGAGUCGGGUGCAAUUGUCAAAAUUGCAAAAUUCCUGAUUAAAACGGGGCUGCGGUGUAUACAGACUAUAACAUCUAAUUUAUCAGCAAUUGCCACGAAUGGUUCAUGGUAGUACCUGCCGGAUAAUCCUACAG